UUUGUUCUCGAAACGUUUAGUGCUCCUGGAAAAAAAACGUUAGCUUGAACGAUCGCGAAGAUUUUCUGUUCUUUUUGCUUAAGAUGCCGAGUUUCUGUCUUAAGCUGCCCUGGUAGUGUGAAAGAUUACUAUCUAAUCACUUACCGUCUUGUCUUGAGUUAAAGUUAACUACUUACCACUGCUGGCGGUUAGUUUAUGUUGUGCUUGUGGCUAAAGAUUGUUUAGGGUUCGGCUUAGCCUACUAUUUGGUGUUGCAAUUUUCAGCAUGGACUGCAAAUUGCUAUGCCGUUAUCAGGCAACUGGCAUUGCUUAAUUAAGGUAACUGCUGAAGCAGCAGGGAACAUUUAACCGGGAACGUCGUAAGUUGAAAAUCGCGUGGAAUGGCUGCUUUAGGAUUUAUUCCUGCCAACGACCAAGAUGCUUUUAGUUUCGGAACGGAACAAACGUCCACCAACAAAAGUUCCAAAAUAAGCGGAGAAGAAGUCAGGAGAUUCUAUGAAGACCUGAUUAAAGAUGACAAAACCCAGAAGGACCAGUCAGUGACAGCCACUCACAGGAACAAUCCUAAUAGGGGCUCUGAUAGAAGAAUGAGGAGGCAGAUCAGGGCUGGACGAGUUCAGCAGGUUCGACCCGAGUCUAUGGUCCAAAUGGAGGCAAGACCUGAAAGAGAAGACAACCAAAGAAGACAGUAUGAGAGAUCAGAGAGAGCCCAGGAGCUGCAGGGGCUCAGGCUGCUGCGCUGCGCUCAUCAGGGGGACAUUGCAGGACUCAAGGAGCUGAUCUCAAAAGGAGUGGACAUUAAUUUCCAGGUAGCAACACCUAGUGUUGUUCUUGAUUUAAUGUUAUUUAUCAGUUUGCGUUUUGUCCUACAGGACUCCUACCUGUGGACAGCUGUUAUGUGUGCCAGCUGGUCAGGACAGAAAGCUGCAGUGAGACUGCUGCUGAUGCACGGUGCAGCCUGGGUCGGAGUGGUUGAUACAAGAGGCAAGGAUGCCCAAGAUCUGGCAUCAGAAGCUGGCCAUGAUGGUGUCCUGGAAGAGUUAUUAAGUUUUGGAAAAAGUCCACAGAGAGAGACAUCUUCUCUUUGCAGUUUGCUCCAGCCUCAGUGGUGCGAUGUGUGCCAUUCCGAGUACGAAGGCAGCCACUCGUCACAUAUUUCCUCUACUCUGCAUCAGUUUAGUCUGGGCCGCCCUGAGCCUACGCCUUACUACUGCCUUCCCUCGUCCAGCAACAGCUACAGGAUGAUGGUUCGCUGCGGCUGGAAACCUGGUACGGGCCUGGGCCCAGAGGCAGAUGGCACUAAGCAGCCCGUAUCCACCGUAUUAAAAAGAGACCAGAAAGGUCUGGGAUUUGGACCAAUAAAAAGACCUAAAGUGACUCACUUCAAAGCUGGUGAUGCUGAUGCUGUAAAAAAUCAAUACCAAGAGAAAGAAGAAAAGGGAAAGAGAGGACAGAAGAAGGAUGAGAUCAAGAGAAAAGAACAAAAAGAUAAAAACUGGGAGAGAGACUUUCGUGCUAUGUUUUAUCAGUAACACCUGGCCAUGCUGUGUUGUUGGUGUUCUCUCAGUGGACUUGUCUAAAAUGUUUCACACUGCAGCACACUGGUUGCUGCUGUGUGACUUUAUUUCAGUUUUGGCCAACAUGUUCUCUACAGUUUCUGCAAUGAUACAGUAACUAUCAAAUGUUAUUUAUUUUAUUUUUAUUCUGAUUCAUUCUUACUUAUGGGAUUUGCUGUUGACUUUCUGAAACUGUUUCAAAAAACAAAUAGUAUUUAUGUUCUAACAAUAUCAAAAGAAAGUAAAAUGCAUUUUUAAUAUAAAAA